CUACACCCUCAGCACCCCAUCCCCUCUCUCUCUUCCUCUUUCGCUUUCUCUCUCUACUAACUUUCUAGAGAGAGACGCCCUCUCCUCACUCAUGAACAUUUUCUAACCAAAAUCCAAUCACAAUUUUCUGUCCAUCCAAACGCACCACCAACAAUGUCUCACGCGGUGUUUCACACGGCGCAAAUCAUGCCUAUGAACUCACAUGUCAACGCCAACACCUUGUCCUCUAAACCCUCCCUCCCGCCUCUCCCCUUUAUCCACCACCGCCGUCGCCGCUUCCUGCCGAUUAGGGCCUCGGCGUCCCCCGCCGAGGUGGACAACGACUCCGUCUCUAUGCUAGAGCGCUGCUUUGCGGCUCCCGCGGCUUCGAAUUCUUCGUCUCCUUCUUCCUCGGCUUCGUUGGGUCCGGUUAUGAAGGGGCAGUACGGUUCCCUUGGCGCCGUGACGCUUGAGAAAUCCAAGCUUGACACGACGCAAAAGCAAACCAAGUCGAGCCCUGAGCUAGAUGUUGGGGGAGGUAGUGGAGGUAUUGGAAAGAAAAUCAAUCAUGGUGGUGGUGACGGAGGCGAUGAUGAUGGUGAUGAUGAUGAUUACUUUGAUGACUUUGAUGAUGGUGAUGAGGGAGAUGAAGGCGGAUUGUUUAGGAGACGAAUACUUCUUGAAGAGCUAUUUGAUCGUAAAUUUGUGGAUGCUGUGUUAAAUGAAUGGCAAAAGACGGUGAUGGAUUUGCCUGCUGGGUUUCGGCAGGCUUAUGAAUUGGGAUUGGUUAGCUCAGCUCAAAUGGUAAAAUUCCUUGCAAUCAAUGCCAGGCCAACCACUAGUAGGUUUAUUUCACGAGCACUACCACAAGGAAUAUCAAGGGCUUUCAUUGGCAGGUUGCUUGCAGAUCCUGCAUUCAUGUAUAGGUUUCUAUUAGAGGAAGCUGCUACAAUAGGUUGCUCAGUGUGGUGGGAACUUAAAAAUCGGAAGGAUAGGAUAAAGCAGGAGUGGGAUCUUGCACUAAUCAAUGUGCUGACAGUAGCAGCAUGCAAUGCAGUAGUUGUUUGGUCGCUUGCUCCUUGUCGAUCAUAUGGCAAUACAUUUAAAUUUGAUCUACAAAAUACAUUGCAGAAGCUUCCAAACAACAUAUUUGAAAAGAGCUAUCCACUAAGGGAAUUUGACUUGCAAAAGAGAAUCCAAUGCUUUUUGUUCAAGGCUGCUGAGUUGUGCAUGGUUGGUUUAAGCACUGGUGCAGUACAGGGUGCCUUGUCUAACUCUCUGGCCCGGAAAAAGGAGGGAAGGUUAUCUGUGACAGUCCCAAGUGUGAGCAGCAAUGCACUUGGUUAUGGUGCUUUUCUUGGAAUCUAUGCUAAUCUGAGAUAUCAACUUCUAUGUGGAUUUGAUAGAGCAAUGGUUAGCCAUUUUGAUGUCAUUGGAGUCGCACUGUUCUUCAGCACAGCCUUGAGGGUCAUGAACGUUCAAUUAGGAGAAACUUCCAGGCGAGCCUGGCUUGGAGUGGAGGCAGAUCCGCUUGCUCACUCGGAUGAACUUUUGAAGAAAGUUUACAGCAGGCCUUCCGAAAAUGUAGAAAAACAGUCCUCAAGAUGGUUUAUAUCUAAGAAUGCACUUGUUUCAGGCCUUGGACUACUGGGCAUCAAACAAGAGAAUGCAGGUUCUGUUGGUGAUGGACAAUCGUCAGCCCCUAAAGCUCGAAGAAAAAGGAUUGUACGGAAGAAGGUUGCUGCAGGAACAGCUUAGUUUCUUCAAAUGUAAACGUAGGCAUUAUCCAAUUUUGCUGUAUGUCAUUGUUAGCUACUGCUCGGGUGUCCCUGCGGUUUCAGGCUCUGCAUACUCUGGAACCUGGAGGGGUUUGAGUGUGACUAGUGGCCCCAAAUUUUUCAUCACGCUAAAGCUUGAGGGGGUUUUAUUGUUUUCAAAUUUUUUCCCGGAUUUUUAUAUCCAUAUUGUGUUUCCUAUCCGAAACUUGUAGUAAUAUUUUGAAUCUCAAAUAAAGUAGAGCUAGUUCUUUUC